AUGUCUGACCAAGGCCCCAUCCCCGUUCCCAACUCUACUAAGCCGUUCUGGCGAACCCAGCUCCAUGAGCUAGACAGCCACCGUAGCACUCCAGAUCUCCCUACCGAAAGUGAUAUUGUCAUCGUGGGUGCUGGCUUCGCCGGUGCCGCUCUGGCGCAUUAUCUCUGCGCCGACAACCCCUCCCCGCCCUCUGUGGUGAUCCUCGAGGCAAGAGAAGCGUGUUCCGGCGGCCACUUGAAGCCUGAUGUCUACUUCGGUCUCCCCAAGUAUAUCAAGAAGUACGGCGUGCGCGCGGCAGUAGAGGUAGCCAAUUUUGAGGCCUCACAGGUUCAUGCGGUCAAGGAGCUCGUUGAGAAGGAAAAGAUAGACUGCGAGUUCACCCUCACCCGAGCCUGUGAUGCCACGCUCGAUGAGAGUCUCUCAAAUGAGACCGAGGCUGCCUUCAAGGAACUAGUCAACUCAGGAGUGGCGAACCUGAAGGAUGUUCACUACACACCUCGGGGACAGGCUGAAAGGGUCUCUGGCGUCAAAGGUGCCUUAUCAUGCUUCACCUUCACCGCUGGCCACAUCUGGCCCUACAAGAUGGUGAUGCAUCUCCUGAAAGGCGUCGUGGAUAAGGGGGCCAACCUACAGACUCACACCCCGGUUAGCCGGGUGUCUGACAAACCCCUACCCGAUGGGAGGUGGGAGUUGGUCACUGAAAGAGGAACAAUCAGGGCCAAGAAGGUCCUGCUCGCUACCAACGCCUAUACCCCGCGUAUAGCCCCUGAGUUCAAAAACCAUAUCGUCCCCGUCCGCGGCAUCUGCAGCCGCAUCGUUGUGCCCAAGGGCAAGACGGCGCCUUUUCUCCCUCAGACGUACAGCGUCCGCCACGGGCCGGCCAUGUACGAUUAUCUCAUUCCUCGGAACGACGGGAGCAUCAUUGUCGGUGGUGGAAAGCCCAAAUUUUGGUCUAACAGAUCGCACUGGUAUAAUGUGUGGGAUGACAGCAAGCUCAUUGAGCCCGCCAAGUCUCACUUUGAUGGUCUGAUGCAGAGGACCUUUAUCGGUUGGGAGAACAGUGGCGCCUACACGGACAAAGUUUGGACAGGAAUCAUGGGUUACAGUUCGGACUUUAUGCCUUACGUUGGCGAAGUGCCUGACAAGCCUGGCCAGAUGGUUUUGGCUGGAUUCUCUGGACAUGGAAUGCCAUUGAUUCUUUUAUCAGCAAAGGCCAUCGUGCAGAUGAUCCGCCAGGGCAAGUCCUUUGAGGAGACCGAUGUGCCUUCACUAUUCAAGGCGACCAAGGAGAGGCUGGAGAGCACUAAGAACGAGAUCAUCGAGGGGCAUGACGCGGAGCAGAAGCAGAUGAAGAGUAGGCUGUAG